AUGUGGGGUUUCAGGGACAGUCCUGUCCUAGUUCUUCGUCUUCACCGUUCUCCCGGCCCGGAGGGGAUGGGAGGAGGAGCCGGAGAGAAAGGAGAGCUCAACUCCAGAGCCUCUUCUCCAAAGACCCUUCCCCAGCCUCCUCCCCACCCACCACUGCCAGGAACCCAGUGCUAGAGAAGAGACUUCCCAGCUCAUCACUGGAGACCAAGGCUGGGCACUGUGGAGGUGUGGCCAGGGAAUGGGCUGGGCCUCGCAGGGGCGGGGCCAAGGCUGUGUACUUGACUGUGUGGUCUAGGGGACCCCACUCCAGAAGGGUGACCUCUCCCGCACGGCUGCCUACGCCUCUGCAGGACAGAACGCAGCAUGAGAUGGUCUCUGGGCACCAGCCACAGCCCCGCCUGGACAAGGCUGCUUCUAACAGGCACCCUGCUCACAUUCAGCACCUGCUCUGCCUCGUUGGAGCUGCCCUUCUCUGUGUCUCUGGACCCCUUGACCAAAGGAGCCGAUGCCCACCUGCCAGUCCCCAGAAGCCUGGAUGGGGUUCUUUCCACUUCUUGGUUCCGAGGGCAUGAAGUCCGGCCAGAAGCCAUGAUCUUCUCUGCCGAGGGCCUCCCAGGGCCUGGCCACACUGGCCGGGAGACGCUGGACACCCAGGGCAGCCUGAUCAUCAGAAACGUGACGACUUUAGAUGCGGGCAGCUACACGGUGGUGAUGGAAACCAGCGCGGGGCGCAGGAGUGCGACGGAGCAGAUACAGGUCAAGGCCACCUAUGAUGGGGUGCAGCUGGUGACAUUCCCGGGAAAUAAACAAGGUGUCCUCCGGAGUGAACUCAACUACUCUGUGAUCCUGCAGUGGGCGGCUUUAAUCACACCUGAACCUGUGCUCCGGUGGACCUUCAAUGGGAGACCUCGUGGAACUGGAGAAAGACUGAUUGUCCACAGAUUGUCCAUGAAGGAUCUGGGCACCUACUUAUGCUUAGCCGAGAACAGCCAGGGAGUGUACCUCUCCCAGCCUGUGACUAUCAUGCUGCCACAAGCUGACGUGGAACCCACAGAACCCGCACCCAUCUCUCGGAAUCCCCCACUCUCCCUGUCAGGAGGAUCUGCCAUUGCUCUUGUCGUGGCCGCAUCUGUGGUAGGCUUGGUACUGGUUGGAAGCGUGCUCCUCACCGUCAUCCAGAAGCUAAGUCCGAGGAGGUGCUCCCCGAGGCUGCGGCGGCUGAGUGAGGCCGGGAUUCCUGCCCAGAAGGUGCGGAAUCAGCACGAGCCGCGCCCGCGCGGCUGGCAGAGCGAGCGGACUCCCGGCUCGAGCGGAGGAGGCCGGGCGCGUCCUGCCCAGCGGCGCCGAGAGGAAGCCGGCAUGGCCUCUACUUUUCUCUUCACUCUGCGGCUGCUGCUGCUGCAGUUCCUGCUGCCGUUGUUCUGGGCGCCCCUGGGAGCCGAUGAGAAGAUGGAGGCUCAGAGGAGUGAAACCACGGGCACAAAGGCCACAGUUUGGACCAAGAUAAUCACAGUGCAGGCCCCACCCCAGCUGUCCCACUUCCUGGGAGAAACCGUGAUACUUUCAUGCAAACUAUACCCCCUGGAACACAAUGUGACAGUGACACAAGUGACCUGGACAAAACAGAGACAGGCAGAGCUCGCCCGCAGCGUGGCGGUCUUCCACCCCGCCCAGGGCCCCAGCUUUCACGAGUCCAGUCGGUUGGAAUUCAUAGCUGCCAAGCCCGGUGAGAAGCUGUGGGACGCCUCGCUGGUUGUGCGGGAGUUGCGCGUGGAAGAUGAAGCUAAUUACACCUGCCAGUUCGCCACGUUCCCUAAUGGUGACAAGAGCGCUCGAAUCCUGCUCCGCGUGCUCGCCAAGCCCCAGAACAAGGCUGAGACCCUGGACAUCUCGCUCAGCCCGAACCCUGUGCCGGUGGCCCGCUGCAUCUCCAAAGGAGGUCACCCACCUGCCCGCAUCUCCUGGUCCUCAGAUGGAAAGACCAAUACCACCCAGGUGCCAGGGCCCCUGCCCGGCACCAUCACCGUCAUCAGCCUCUUAAUCUUAACACCUUCCAGCCAGAUGGACGGCAGAAACGUCACCUGCAGAGUGGAGCACGAGAGCUUUAAGGAGCCGGAGGUGCUUCCCAUGACCCUGGCUGUGUCCGCCCCCCCCGAGGUUUCCAUAUCUGGCUAUGAUGACAACUGGUACAUCGGCCGUAGAGGGGUUGCCCUGAACUGUGACGUCCGCAGCAAACCAGAGCCCACAGGCUACAGCUGGAGCACGACCAACGGAACCCUGCCACCCUCUGUUGUGGCCCAGGGCACUCAGCUCCUGAUUCAUACUGUGGACAAGACCAUCAAUGCGACUUUCAUCUGCCUUGUCACCAAUGCCCUAGGGACCAGCCAGGCAAACGUGACCGUCCUGCUCAGAGAAAGUCCUAGGGAGCAGCCACAAGAGGGUUCGUCCUCUAUGACCAUUAUCAUCGUGGCCUCGGUAAUCCUGUUGGUUUUCAUGCUGGUGCUGUUUUCUUUCCUCUGGCACAGAAAGUCCCGUCAGAACCAGUACAGUCCCUCUACUAAUGGGAUGGUCAGAUAUUCAGCUGUUGGCAGCAAUCAAUCCCCAGAUCCACCAACAGAGGGCACCAGGUGACAGCGUGGACACUGGCUGGUGAGCCUGGAGCUGGUGAGGACCUGGAUCUUCCAGCUGGACUCCCUCCCCUGCCUCAAUGGAGGAAGUCUCCCUCCAAAGACACUGGCCACCCUUUCCCUGCCAGACCUCAAGGAUGCCCUCUCUGCCUCACAGCAUGGCGACCCGGGCGGAGGGCAAGUUCAAGGGUCUACAAGACUAGCCUCAGGUGGAGUCAUUCGCUACAAGGACUAUGGAACUCAGGAAAGCUGUUUACUUGCGGACAUAAUUUACUACACUGCAAGGAUGAGAUCAAGAACAGCAGUGUGAAAAAGCUCACAGGGCUGGGUCCCGGCACAAGCUUCUGGUUGUUCAGUCCCGGUGGAGUCACGUGGACAGCACUUACUUCUCCCAGCAAUGACGUGUGACAGCACACACAGAGUGUUGCCAAGCAGGAAAGCGCGCCUGAGCCUUGGUUUCCAGAGGUGUCAAUCAUGUGGACAUGGCUGACCACCCAUGCAGCUGACCUUGGUACCAACAUAGAAAGAGUUGAAGAAAGAGCACAUGCAUGAUUAAGCGUGUCUGACUCUUUGCAACCCCAUCGGUGUCCAUGGGAUUCUCCAAGAAAGAAUGCUGGAGUGGGUUGCCAUUUCCUCCUCCAGGGGGUCUUCUCGGCUCAGGGAUUGAACCUGUGUCUCUUGCAUCUCCUGCAUUAGCAGGCGAAUUGUUUACCGCUGUGCCCACUGGGAAGCCUGUCACCAACAUAGGUCAAGCCAUUAUUGUGUGGGCUAAUGCCCCCGCCAUGAAUUCACACCAUCGGCAUAGAUUAUCCUGUAUAGCCCACAGCCCCAGGUAAACAAAGCCUUCUAUCAGCCAGGACAUUCCAAAGAAGGGCUAAGAAGUUACUUCACAGGAACCAGGGGCAAAGGGCCAGGUCUUUUUUUGAACAAGGUUAAUUCUUUCCUGCAUAGUAGGGCCACACAGAAUGUCACAGCUACCAGAGGUUUAUUUGGUAAGAAUUUGACUUCUGGCCUUGAGUGUCUAAAUCUCUGAUUUAGUUGAAUCUCGGUGGCUUACAAGAAAUAGUCACUGAUCCUUGUCAUCGGAAGAGAACCAGAGGCUGGAACUCAGCUGCCCCGGGACUGUCCAAGGAGCAGGAGCAAGUGGUGGCCCUGAACUGAUGCGGUCCCAGGAGAGCACCUGUGGCCAGCGUGCUGGGGUUAACAAGACCUUGGUCAUCCACAGAGGAAAGCAGGAAGUUGUUUCCAAAACAAGGAGGAAAAAAUAGAUGCUGAAGAAUGAGACGCGACAGCUGGGCAGCACAGGCUGCCCUCAGACCUGGAGGGACAUAGCCCAAGCCCCAGGACGAAGAGCUUCUCUGAUACUCUGACUUGUCUAUUUUCUAACUGUCCGUGAUCGGGGGGGCGGGCCCAGAAUUCCCUUGUCUAUUGGAGAAAACAGACAGAUAGAGACCUUGGGGCAGAAUGCUAAACCGGAGAACAGGCCAUGAGUCACUCUGCAAGAGACAGUGAGAAGGACAUGUGGGCUUCUGUCUGGGCAGAUGGGAGAAUGCAAACCAGAGAAGGGUGGGGAAGAGAUGGGACCCAGCCAAAUGGGAGGGGUGAGGGCAUGAUGAGGAUAGCAGGGCUCCACAGUGCAGGCGCAUAAAGGGAGACUGGUUGCCUAGCUGCCACAUAAACCCCUUGUCCGUUCCCAGCCCCCAAACACCUUAUUAAAGUUAAUUUAUUACACCUCGA